CUUCAAGCGACAGCUUCCUCGCUUCACCUCUGCACCAACUGCUCAACGCGUGUGCUUGCGCGGACUAACAUAUUACUGCAUUACCGCUUGUGAUAGCGUAAGCCAACUCCGUAUUCAUCGUUGCCUAGUCGCGCAGCCAAGUCAACACCGGAAACAAAGGCCAGCUUCCGCCAAAGCCGUCCCCGUCGCCGCGGGCCGCGUCGAGCAGACUUUUCGAAAUGGGCACAAGCUCUAGCAAGUCGAGUCGAAGGUCCUCGGAGCAGGCUCGUUACCCCACCAUCCCGACCGGCACGCCGGCUGUUGGGGGUUUCGCGCAGUUCCAGACCCUACGCUCAAGUUCAGGGCCAUCGCCGACCACUACGCCUCUCUGGAGCAGGUUCAGGAGGACCUGCGCAAGAACGGGCUGGAGAGCUCGAACCUCAUUGUGGCAGUGGACUUCACGAAGCGGGCCACCCACCGCCGCCCGCAUGCGCCUCGCCAGCGGCAGCGGCGGCAGCGGGUGGGCGGCGGGCGCCACACCGCGGCGGUGGUAGUCGGGCUGCACGCCCCAGCGCUUGUUCCUGAGCGGGCCGGAGGCCAGAGAUACUGCAGUGAGCUCCUGGUGCGGCGGACAUGGCCGAAUCGCGGAUUGGGGGAUUCGGAGCUCCGGACAAACGAGCACACAUCUGCGCCCACGCCCAUGCCCACGCCCACGCCCACGCCCACCUGCUCCGCUGCACGGUGGCCAGCGCGUGUGCGCCGCCCCACGCCUCCGCCCCCUGGGCCCCCUGCAGCCCCUGGUCGAGCCGGGGCCAGGCGGGCGGCAGCCAGGGCGGCUGUGCGGGGUGGGGCGUGUCGCACAGGCCCAACAGCGCCUCCUCCUCCUCUGCACUCACAAAGUCCAACACCAGCGCCUGGCCCUGUAGCCGGGGGUGCGGCACCUGCGGGCACGCGGGCAGAGUGCGCGCGUGUGGCCAGCGGAGGGGGCAGGGUGUUGCCCAUGUGUGUUUGAGACAAAGCCGAAAUUAAUUCAAGUCGGGGGCUGUGCAAGGGCGAAGGCGCGCCGAGGGCAUGCGGUGCACCGGGCAAAGACUAUGAGUGUACCGGGGUGUACCAGCCCUCUGGGGGCCCAGGGGUCCAGGGGUCCAUAGGCAUGGGCAGUGAACUCCUGACAGGAGUGACUGGUGCACUGGUGCCGCAUAAUGCUGCUGACGCGUGCGGCCCUGACCUCCACUCCUGCCGCCAAACCCACGCCCUGAAAAAUGGUAGUUUACCGGUUCUGGCGCAGUCAGUUUUUCUAGGAAAUUUCUUCGAUUAAAAUUUUGAUAAGGAAAAGGACGGAUUUGGGCCCCCGACCUGUGCCCUCGUAGCCUCCCGGUUGGCCCCUCAGCCGACUAAUGAUUCCCACACGACUCGAUCCCUGUAGUGCCAAGUUUGGGGCUUACAACGUGGGACGUCUGAGUCCGGGGCACUUCUGGUACGUGCCGGCAGAGUCUCUUGAAAUGCGUAAAUGCGAAUGCAGAUGGUAGUCUCUGUCUGUCUGUCCGACUCUGGGGCGUUACACCUGGCGUAACUGCCUGGGGCACAGCUCUGGCGCUGUGUGCAGCAAUCUGUGCUGUUAGUGAGGGUUCUGAGUGUGUCCUCAACAUCGGGUUUCUGUAACUGUACACGAGU